CCUAUAACAUGGAUAUCAUACUUACAAAGGUUCCGAUGACUUCGCCUGAGAUAGUGGAUGCAAUUUUAGCUUUGGAUGAGAGACAACUAUCCAUUGAUCUAGUAGAAAAUAUUUACAAAUGCAGUCCUACGAGUGAAGAGAUGGAGAAACUUGAGAAUUAUAGAGGUGACAAGAAACUACUGGGCAAGUGUGAACAGCAUUUCCUGGAGCUAAUGAAGGUGCCACGCAUAGAAUCAAAAAUGCCGGUUUUCCGGUUCAAAAUUGGAUUUAGUAAUCAGCUUGCAGAGUUGAGGAAGAGCCUAAACAUAGUAAACUCCACAUGUGACGAGUUACGGAAGUCUGUCAAGUUGAAGGAAGUCAUGAAGAUAAUUUUAUAUUUGGGGAACAUAUUAAAUCAAGGAACUGCCAGAGGUGCUGCACUUGGUUUCAAGUUGGAUAGCCUUUUGAAACUGACUGGGACCCGAACUUCAGGCAACACAAUGACUUUAAUGCAUUAUCUCUGCAAGGUCCUUGCCUCCGAUUAUCCCACCCUUUUAGAUUUCCACAAGGAUCUUGUUAGCCUACAAAGUGCAACCAAGAUACAAUUGAAAUUACUAGCAGAAGACAUGCCAUACAUUAGCAAUGGACUGCGUAAAGUAAAGCUGGAACUAGAUGCAUCAGCAAACGAUGGUCCAAUAUCUAAAGGUUUUCAUGAGACAUUGAAGGAGUUCACUGCCUAUGCUGAGAAGGAGGUAAAGACUGUAUCAGAAUUAUAUGCGGAUGCGGGUAGAAAUGUCAAUGGCUUGGCCCGAUAUUUUGCUGAAUCCCCAGAUCGUUACCCCUUCGAACAAGUUAGUUCAACACUUUCAGAGUUUGUGAGGCUCUUUAAAGAUUGCGAUAAGGAGAAUCGUAAAAAGGCUGAAGCUGCAAGACAGAAAGCCGAGAAAGAGAUCGAAAUGACCUAG